AUGGCCGACCUGGGCAAGAAGUACUGCGUGAACUGCCUGGCAGACGUCACCAACCUGCGGCUCCGCUGCACCGACUGCCCCGACAUCGAGCUGUGCCCGGAGUGCUUCUCGGCGGGGGCGGAGAUCGGGAACCACCGGAGAUGGCACGGCUACCAGCAGGUCGACGGCGGCCGCUUCUCCCUCUGGGGUCCCGAGGCAGAGGGAGGAUGGACCAGCAGGGAAGAGCAGUCGCUCCUCGAUGCUAUCGAGCAGUACGGCUUUGGAAACUGGGAGGACAUGGCCGCUCACGUCGGAGCAUCACGUACUCCUCAGGAGGUCAUGGAACACUAUGUCACCAUGUACAUCCACGGAAACCUGGGUAAGGCCUGCAUCCCUGACAAUAUUCCCAACCGGGUCACUGACCACACCUGCCCCAGUGGGGGUCCCCUGUCGCCCAGCCUGACCACCCCUCUCCCCCCACUGGAUAUCACCCUGGCUGAGCAGCAGCAGCUGGGCUACAUGCCGCUGCGGGACGAUUAUGAGAUUGAAUAUGACCAGGACGCAGAGAAGCUCAUCAGCGGCCUCUCUGUGAACUACGACGACGAGGACGUGGAGAUUGAGAUGAAACGCUCCCACGUGGACAUGUAUGUGCGGAAGCUCAGAGAACGACAGAGACGUAAGAACAUUGCCCGAGACUACAACCUGGUGCCUGUGUUCCUUGGCCGAGACAAGAAAGACAAGGAGAAGGAGAAACCAGGAGCCCAGGGAGUCGUAGGCCCUGCUACUGGUGUGGGUGGGGUGGGAGCUGGCGGUGGCGCAAUUGGAUCAGGUUCGGCAACAGCAGCCGGAUCAGUCUCCGUUCCAAGUACACCCAAAAGAAAGAUCACCAAGGAAGAGAAGGACCAGCGAGUGAGGCUGCGGGGGCUGUGCCAGUUCAUGGCCCAUCGGGAGUUUGAAGACUUCUUUGAGAACAUGCAUAAAGAGCGCGGGUUGAGGGCCAAGGUGCGUGAGCUGCAGCGCUACCGUCGAAAUGGCAUCACCCGUCUGGAGGAGUCGGCCGAGUAUGAAGCCGCACGCCACAAACGGGAGAAACGCAAAGAGAACAAGAGUGUGGUCACCUCCAAACGGGGCAGCGGAGGAGGCGGCGGGCUUGGCUCGGGGAUGGGACUCGGAGGCGGAGCCGGAGGGGGAGGAGGCAUUGCUGGAGGGUUAGGGCUAGGAGGCGGGAUCAAAGAAGAAGGUAAGGAUGGCGAGUUUGCUGCCAUCGAGAAUCUCACAGGCUUUGAGCUGCUGUCGGACAGAGAGAAGGUGCUGUGCAACUCUCUCAACCUCAGCCCAGCUCGCUACCUGACUGUCAAAACCAUCAUCAUCAAAGAUCACCUGCAGAAACGGCAAGGCAUCCCCGCCAAGAGCCGGCUGCCCAGCUACCUGGACAAAGUCCUCAAGAAGCGCAUUCUCACCUUCCUCACAGAAAGUGGCUGGAUAUCCCGAGACGCCUCCUAGCAUACUGCUUUGGUCAGGAGGCUGAUAGCUGAUUGGCUAGACAAAACUACUGGGGUUCACCAUUUUUUGUAUUCAAAGGUGACUUUGUGAAUAUGUACAUGGCAAAGAAGGAGGAUGCUGAGAAAAACACUUAUUUUCAUACCAAGGCUGGGAAGAAAAAUAAGCCUUUAUUUUUGCAUUUGGAAAGGGAAGGGUUGAAUAUGAAUCUGUGGGUUCAGACUAGGUUUGUGUCGAUACUGUUGUUACACGAUGAUAUUGACACUGCUAACCAAUAUUAUGUCGUAGUGGAGAUAUUGAAGUGUUAUUGCAACAGCUGCAUUGAAGAAGCCUAUGGAGACAUUUAAAAUCCAAUAUUACAUUUGCUGGAAAUGGAGCAUUUCACACCUUCAUUUAAAUUAAUCGCCAUUCUGGUUUGUGGUUUCUGUCAUCUUUGUUUCCUGUUUCACCAGUUAAAGCUGUAUUCUGUAAUUUUCCGCAAUAAGUAGAGUUUUCUGAUAGAUUUUCCCAGAAGUUAUUAUUUUUUAGGCUCUUUCCUUCUUACUGGCAUCAAGGGAAAAGAAAAAGCAGAUCUUCCUUGGUUGUUAGUACUCAACAAAUGCAUUAGCAUGAAGUUAAAAAAACCUUAUCAAAGAUUUAUCAAGUAUCGGUAUGAGGGGCAGGGGGGGGUCAUACGUUGGCCAGGAAGAAAGAAGAAGUGCCAAAGAUAUGUGAGGAGAUGAUGUGGAAGUCAGUGUUGCAUUGCACAGUCUGUCCAUCAGAGAGCGCUGUCAAAUUCAUUUUUUCAAACGCAAAACUCUCCAUUCAGUGCAAGUGGUUCCUGAUCAAAAUAAUACAUUCAAAUUAUAUGUUUGUAUUACAAAAGAAAUGGUAGCAUCAGCUGAUGUAAUAUAAAGUAAAAAGCAAUUACACAAAUUCAUUAAUUAUUUAUUCAGAUUGUAUUAGUUACAUUUCAAGAAUAAAGUCGAACUUUAAGAAUACAUUAAAAGGAUACGACUGCCUCUACAUAACACCUGACGUGGAUGAAUUGGCUUCUAAAUUAGUUUUAGUAACAAGGAAAUCAUUUUUCUUUCAGCCAUGAACCCAGAUUGGUAAUCAGUAUUAGAUUUGAGAUGUAUGUCUGUUCGGGGGGGAGAAACUAGACAAGCUUGAAAAGAUGGAACGCUGGCAGCUGCCAUAGACUAUAGACAUUUCAACUUUAUUUUCCAGAUUUUUACUU